AUGCCGCCUACUGUUGGGAAUCAAGGCACAGGGCCAGCGCAUGGCGUGCUCAUUGUCGUCGGUCAGACAGGAUGCGGGAAGACGACGCAGCUUCCGCAGUAUCUGUUCGAGACGGGCUGGGCGGGUGACAGCAAGGUCAUCGCAUGCACUCAGCCUAGACGGGUCGCAGCGACGAGUGUUGCGAUGAGGGUAGCAGAGGAAGUAGGAUGCGUACUGGGGGAGGAGGUCGGGUACACGAUCCGAUUCGAAGAUAUGAGCGACCCGGAGAAAACACGUAUCAAGAUCCGCCGCAAACGCCCCUCACUGCGGCUCAUCAUCUCCUCCGCAACUCUUGAUGCACAAUAUUUCUAUGACUACUUCACCUCCAUGCCCGGAGACACCCCAUCUACUACCGCUCAACCAGACGAAGCAGUCAUCAUCUCGCUGGAAGGCAGGAUGUAUCCCGUCGAAGUCGGCUACCUGCGCGAACCAGUGAGCGACUAUGUGAGAGAAGCAGCAGAGACAGUCAAGCGUGUGCAUGUGAGGGAGGGAGCCGGCGACGUUCUCGUUUUCUUGACCGGGCGGGAGGAGAUCGACAGGUGCUUGGAUAUGAUCGGCGAGUGGAUCCCUACAAUGCCGGAUAGCGCACUCCGCUUGACUCCGCUUCCGCUACACGCCGGCCUUCCUUUCGAAGAGCAACAACGCAUAUUCGACUCCCCCCUUCCCGGUACGCGCAAAGUCAUUAUCAGUACCAACAUCGCCGAAGCUAGUGUGACGAUUGACGGGAUCCGGUUCGUCGUCGACAGCGGGUUCGUCAAGCUGCGGUCGUAUGAUGCACGUUCGGGCAUCUCGAGGCUCGUCACAACCCCAGUGAGCAGGGCAAGCGCCCUUCAACGAGCGGGAAGGGCGGGGAGGACAAGCAAGGGCGUGUGUUAUCGCUUGUAUACAGAGGAGGCGUACAACGGUUUAAGGAAGACUACCCCGCCUGAGCUGGUGAGGACGGACUUAGCUCUGCCGGUUCUUCAGCUCAAGAGUCUGGGUAUCGACAACCUCAACAAAUUCGAGUGGCCUACCCCUCCGCCAGCUGAGAAUCUCGUGCGCGCACUCGAGUGGCUCGUCAUGUGCGGGGCCAUCGAUAACGAGGGGCGAAUGACUCAGGAAGGGGAUCGAAUGGGGGAGAUCGCACUAGAUCUGAGGAUGGCGAAAUGUCUACUCGCCUCAGGAGAAUUCAAGUGUGGAGAGGAAAUGCUCACUAUUGCUGCUGUCACUUCUGUCCAGGAUUUGUUCAUCAUUCCCGAGGGCCAGGCAGGCGCACUUGCCGAACUCGAAAGGAGAAAAUUCACCGCGCAAGAAGGGGGGCGGUCGUCUUCUUCUUUCUGUCGUGCUCAUGCUCUUAACUUCCGUGCUCUCUCCCGAGCAAUGUCGAUCCGCGCCCAGCUCAAAAAGUACUUUUUACGCUGGAAGAUCCCGCUCGUCUCAUGCGAAGGGGACAGCGCGCGUCUCCGCAAAUGUCUCAUUGCGGGUUACUGGCGAAACGCUGCUCGCAUCAUGCCGGACGGCACAUGGCGUGGGGUAAGACAGGACACAGUGCUGCAAUGUCAUCCCUCGUCGGUGCUGUUCACCCGCCGACCGCCAAGUGGCUGGGUCAUUUACCACGAGGUGGAAGAGACGCGAACGACAAACAUUCGUGUCCUGACAGAAAUCGACCCUGACUGGCUACUCGAAUAUGGCUACACGCUUGUUGAUAAGCGCCAGCGAUGA